GCGCGUGCAGUUCGGUUCGAUUUGGUUUGAUUCCUUGGACAUAAAGCGAUAGCCCGCUACGUUCCAUUCGAUACGUUCUGAGUUUUCCGAGUUUCCCCCGACCAGAAAUCACCCACCGAAAGCCGGUUCGGGAUGCGCUGCCAAGGAUGCAGCUGAUGCGGCCAGGCUAUUGUAUCUUUGGGAUACAAAUUAAGUUGAUUUGUUGCGCUCGCGUUCUCUUGGGUAAUUGAACCCCGGGUUCCUUGUGCCGCGGUCUUCGAGCAUUUCACCGGGAUUGCAUUUUGUGUAUCUAGAUACCUUUGUCGGUAUCCGUCGCUUGUCAAUCUGCUCGCUGAUAAAAAGCAAACGCAGCGCGACCACGAAACAUAAACCACCAACAACAACGACAACGACAAAACGACAACGGGAAAAUAAAAGUAACAACUGCGAACAGGGCAAGUGGCGUAUCUUUUUUGUGUGGCCUAUCUCCUCCGCUCGGUGUUCGGUGAUAAAUGCAUUUCAUGCGUUCCAACUAUGUAAAUAGCAAUUUAAUUUGAGUGUCCACAGUAAACAUCGAAAAAAAAAAACCGCCCUGGACUCCGAGGUACUCCCAAGUACCACCCCCGUAAAACCCCCACCCAUCGGAAAACCCCCAGUAAGCUGCCCUGGAAAAAGGGCAGUCGUCGUCGGAUUCAUUGGAUUCGUCGUCUGCGGCAUCCAAAUAUUGAAUAUUUACAAAUGCGUUGAGUGCACUUUCGAGUGGCCGGCACUUACAGCGACUCUUCGUUCGGUGAAUGUGUGCGAGUGUAUUCAUCGGAUUGCCAGCCCCAUAAAACUCCGAUCCGAUUCCGAUCCGAUACGCGAGUGUUCAUAUUUUGGUGUCGCUAAUUGAGAGUCGAGGUGUUGAAGUGAGUGCAGGAUAUACGCAAAUGGCUGCCAGGAUGAUCUCAAUUUACUGCCUGGCCAUCGCUUUGAUGAUGGCUCCCGUUUUUGCCGGCUCGUCGCGCUUCCUUCGAUUGCCACAAAGCCAGUCGGUGGUGGAGAACGAGUCCGCGGACUUCGAGUGCGAAUCCACGGAUCCCUACAGCGAACUGCACUACGACUGGUUGCAUAAUGGUCAUCGGAUUGCGUAUGACAAGCGUGUCUAUCAAAUCGGCUCCAAUUUGCAUAUCGAGGCGGUGCAGCGAGCGGAGGAUGUCGGCGACUAUGUUUGCAUCGCGACAAAUUUGGCCAGCGGCGCCAGGGAGGCGUCUCCGCCCGCCAAAUUGAGCGUGAUAUAUCUGGAAUCUGCCAGCGUGCAGCUGUUGGGCAAUAAUCGCAAUGAGCUGCUGCUGAAGUGCCACGUGGAAGGAGCCUCCGGGGACCUGCAGCCACUGGAGAUCGAAUGGUAUCGCAACAGCGCCAAGUUGAGCAGCUGGAGGAACGUCCAGUUGGAUCAGCAUCGCCUGAUAGUCCGCCAACCAGGAUCCGAGGACGACGGUCUGUACCGCUGUACCGCUUCGAAUGCAGCGGGUCGAGUGAUGAGCAAGCAGGGCUACGUCUACCAGUCGAAUGUGAAGUGCCUGCCCAGAUUGCCGAGGAGAAAGAACCAGAAGAUGCUGGAGUCCUGGGACAAGCAGACCUUCCUCUGCCGCGGAAAGCGAGGAGGAUCUGGAGGGUUAGAAUCCCUUCCCGCUGCUCCAGAAGAUCUUCGUAUUGUUCAGGGACCCUCCGAGCAUGUGGUCAUCAAGGAAGGAGAACCCACUGCCUUGACCUGUCUCUACGAACUUCCCGAUGAACUGCAAAACCAACGAAUUCAACUUCGCUGGCGGAAAGAUGGCAAACUGCUGCGGCAAGUGGAACUCGGCGAUUCGCUGCCCAUUCCAGGACACUCCUCUGAUUCUGGGAAGGAUGCUCUGCUGAGAGAGGACGCCAGACUGGUGCUCCACAAGCAGAAUGGCACCCUGAGCUUCUCCAGCAUCAUUGCCAGCGAUGCGGGUCAGUACCAGUGUCAGCUGCAACUGGAGGCCCAUGCUCCGGUCAACUCUUCUCCUGGAGUCCUCGAGGUCAUCGAACAGCUGAAGUUUGUGCCACAGCCCACGUCCAAGAAUCUCGAGUUGGAUGCAGUGGUGGCCAAGGUGCACUGCAAGGCACAGGGAACUCCAACGCCACAAGUUCAGUGGAUAAGGGAUGGUUCUAAUACCUCUUUACCCGACCAAGUGGAAAUGGACGCCAAUGGAACGCUGAUUUUCAGGAAUGUGAACUCGGAGCAUCGGGGCAACUACACCUGCUUGGCCAGCAACACCCAAGGUCAGAUCAAUGCCACGGUGGCCAUCAAUGUGGUGGUCACUCCCAAGUUCAGUGUGCCGCCAGUGGGUCCAAUUGAGACCUCCGAACAGGGAACCGUGGUGAUGCACUGCCAGGCGAUCGGUGACCCCAAACCGACGAUUCAGUGGGACAAGGACCUCAAGUAUCUCAGUGAGAACAACACGGAUCGGGAGAGGUUCAGGUUCCUGGAGAACGGCACCCUGGAGAUCCGGAAUGUCCAGGUGGAGGAUGAGGGCAGCUAUGGUUGCACCAUUGGAAACAGUGCGGGAUUAAAGCGAGAAGAUGUCCAAUUGUUGGUUAAAUCAAAUGGAGAUGGCUUUGCUCCCGAGGAAUCCGGUGGAGAUGGCUUCCUGGUCACCCGAGCUGUUCUGAUCACCAUGACUGUGGCUCUGGCCUACAUAGUUCUGGUUGUGGGUCUGAUGUUGUGGUGUCGCUAUCGUCGACAGGCCAGAAAAGCCCGACUGAACGAACUAAGUACCAAAGAAGCUGGUGGAGAUCAACCGGAUGCCGCGGCAAAUGGCAAAGGAUCGGAGCAGGAACCCUGCCUCUCCAAGCAGCACAAUGGUCACAGCAAGUCGAGGUCCAAGUCCAGUGGAGAUGCCCAGAAAUCCGAUGACACCGCCUGCAGUCAGCAGUCGAGAGCCUCCAAGAAAUCAGCUCAUAUUUACGAGCAACUGGCUCUGCCAAGAUCCGGACUCAGCGAACUCAUUCAGAUUGGACGCGGUGAAUUCGGGGAUGUAUUUGUGGGAAAACUAAAGGCCACCCUGGUGACCUCACCCACGGACAAGGAUGCGGAUACGGAGAAGCAGCACAGCAAUAGUGAAAAUGGAAGUGGAGGCAGUGGAAGUGGCAGCACCACAUUGAGUACUUUGAAUGAGAAGCGCCGCUCCAAGACCUCCAUGGAUGACAUCGAGGAGAUCAAGGAGGAGGAGCAGGAGCAGCCGGACCAAACAGGACUCGAGCAGUUGGUCCUGGUAAAGGCCCUCAACAAAGUGAAGGAUGAACAGGCCUGCCAGGAGUUCCGUCGGCAAUUGGAUCUCCUGCGCGGCAUUUCCCACAAGGGAGUGGUGCGUCUAUUCGGCCUCUGUCGCGAAAAGGAUCCGCACUACAUGGUGCUGGAGUACACCGAUUGGGGCGACCUCAAGCAGUUCCUGCUGGCCACCGCCGGAAAAGUGAACACAGCCACCGCAGGCAGCUCCUCGCCUCCACCUUUAACCACCAGCCAGGUUUUGGCCGUGGCCUACCAAAUCGCCAGGGGAAUGGACGCCAUCUACAGAGCUCGGUUUACCCAUAGGGAUCUGGCCACUAGGAACUGCGUGAUCUCGAGUGAGUUUAUCGUGAAGGUCUCCUAUCCGGCUCUCUGCAAGGACAAGUACAGUCGGGAGUACCACAAGCACCGAAACUCACUGCUCCCUGUUCGCUGGUUGGCACCCGAGUGCAUCCUGGAGGACGAGUACACCACAAAGAGCGACAUCUUCGCCUACGGAGUGGUGGUGUGGGAGCUCUUCAACCAGGCCACCAAGCUGCCCCACGAGGAACUGACCAACGAGCAGGUGGUGCAGCGAUCGCAGGCCGGAACCUUGGAGUGGUCGGUGGCCGAGGCGACUCCUGACAGUCUCCGUGAAAUACUGUUGUCCUGCUGGGUGUCCAAUCCCAAGGAGCGGCCCUCGUUCAGCCAACUGGGAGCUGCUCUCAGCAAGGCGAUGCAGAGUGCCGAGAAAUGAGGCCAGACUGAGCGAGCAAAUGCCAAAAAGUAAUUCGUAGUAUUGUCCUUAGUGUCUGCCCGAGUAUUCUCCCCGCUAGUUUAGACUUAAGACUUAAGUUUCGAAGGAUGUCUGCGUAUGGGCGCCUGUUCAACAUGCGUACUUAACCGAUGGCUACAUUUUGACAGUAACUGUACAAACAGAAUAUACUAUAUAUUUGAAUUUGAAUGGGGAUAUCUUCGAGAAUAGUAUUUGCGUGGUGCUGCAUAUGAGGAUGCAGCUAAAAUGUAAAUAGAAACUGCCACAAUCAAGCAUUUAUACCAGUUGAAGCAUUUCUAGGAUUAGAGCAUUUUAACCUUCAUCUGCAUUUUAUAAUCCACUCUUAAGCUAAAUUAGUACGUAUAAAUACACACACAAAGCAUCACACACACACACACAACGAGCGAUUUCGGUGUUUUCAAACAUUGAAUUACUAAGCCAAAUUUUAAGUUUAGCAUCGAAUAAAAUAGAAACACACCCACAUAUUUUAUCAUACGCCUAGUUAUAUACAUUUAAGUGCAUAAGGAAAACCAGCCGAAACAAAUUUAUGACUAGCCAUUUAAGCUUUGAUGCAUGUUUACAAAACAUUUAAAUAAGCCCGAAUAAAUAAAUUUAACCAAA